AAAUCGAAAUCUGUGAUAGAAAUUUCCUGUCUUCGGAGGUUGUUAAUAUAUUCGAUUGGUUUGCCAAAGUGAUAUUGCUAGUGGUAGUGAAUUGAAAAUAAUAAUAAAAAAUGAACAACGUGCACUGUGCGAUUACGAGUUGCAAAAUUUCUACAUACAAUAAACCACCAUCCGUAAAUUUUCAUUCAUGCCCUACCUCAAGUGACAUGAGAAAUAAAUGGUUGUUGAUGCUUAAAAAUAAAUGUGCUAUGCUAGACUGGACGAAAAGUAAGAUUUGCUCUAGACAUUUUGAAAAAAAAUAUUUUGACGCUCAAAGGAAAUUAAAAGAAAAUGCUGUACCCACAAUAUUUGCACCUACAAUGGAAAAAUCCUUUCAGAAUGACACAACAGCAAAAACAAGAAUAGAAAAAUUGCUCUGCAAACAAUCACAAGCCCAGCUGAUUAUUGAUGUAAAAAGUAAUUUGAACAAGUUGAAGGAACCUACAAACUUAGAUAGUUUUAUUACUGAUGACUUAAAAUGGAAACCUGAAGCACCAACAGAAGCACAGUUGUGGUUAAUGGUGAAAAAGCAAGAUCGUAUAAUUUCAUUGCUAAGUGAAGAACUUACACAGAAUAAAAAACUUAUAGAAACAUUGCGGAAGACUGUGGAAACCUCUAAACUGUCUAAACAAGAAACAGAACAAAACCUUGAAACUAUGAAAUACAUAGUAAAAAGCCUUCAAGAAAAGCAUGCUACUUUGGAAGAACAGAUUGAAAUUCUAACUGCUGUAGAAGCAAGAUAAAUAAUAAAUGUUUAAUACUACAAGAAUAAAUAACAUUUUUUAAGGAUAAAUAAAUGUGCAUGUUUUC